AUGUCCGAGAGUCUGUUGAAGCAAGUUAUUCAUGAUGAACUGAAUCUGUAUAAUUUAUUGGAGUUACCACUGGACAAAUUUACGAAAAUUUCCACUGCGGAUUUAAAGAGGCAGUACAGGAAACUGUCACUGAAAUAUCAUCCAGACAAGACGACAGAUCAAAAUGCUGAAAGGUUCCACGCUGUGUCAAUGGCGAUGCAGAUUCUGGGAGAAGAUCAUUUGAGGUCCGUUUACGAUAAAUGGUUGGGACAGUACAUUCGAGACAAUAAAGAUAGGAAUAAAAUGAUUACCAGGUUGAAAACUAGGGAGAGAGCACCGCAGAAGAAAAGCGGGCAUUACGAUCUCAAUGAAAUGCAGAAAUAUGGUGAACAAUUGCGUAAAUUGAAACAUUUCAGAAUGAGUUAUGGUGAUUGGCAGCAUUUAAAUCUUGACACCGACCCAGAAGAACACAGCCUAUAUGACUCGUGUACGUUACGUUUUGAAGUUUGGAAUGAAAAGUUAAAAUUAAGAAAUAAUCAAGAGCUGAAGGAUUACGUCUUAAAGAAAUUUAAUUUUGUAACAGAUGAAAUAUUCGAUGUCUAUUAUUCCGAGAGAAAUGAGUAUCGUUCUCACGACAGCAAUGUACUAGCCAUCUACGUAGUGUUCAAAACUCCAUUACAGUCUCGAAAAGAGUUCGAUCAAUGCCGAAAUCUAUUGGACGAUGAAGUGAUUGACGUAUCGCCAAGAACUCCUCUACAUUACUACCCAGAACCACAGGAAAACUUAAAAUUCAAACUUGAUGACAAUAUUCUUAAUGCAAUCAAUGACCACCAAGACCCAAUCGUCAUAGACUAA